CUAUGGUCGAUGAUUAUAAUUAUGAUUAUGAUAAUAAUAAUAAUAACGGUAAUGAUGAUCCAGCAAAGGAUAUAAGUUUUUUGAAAUUGGAUGGCCAACUAAAUGAUGAUGAUGAUGAUCCUGAUUCGAAUCAAGAAUAUUGGCGUUAUACACGAGAUUGUGAUUAUCGACAGAUAUUAUCAUCAAAUGUUAUACAAGAGGCUGAUGUUCGUGUGGAAAGCGAUUCACCUGGAUCGAUUGGUGAAAAUCAAAUUGAAAAUGAAAUCGAUAAACUAAUUGAAUGUUCGAAAAAUAAUGUUAUCAUUGAUAAAUCAUCAUCAUCGACAAAAUAUUUUCAAAGUCGAAAAAAGAGAAAAAAAUUCAAUCGAAAAAUCAACGGAAUUGAUUUGACCAAUACAAAACAAACAUCCGCAACGAAUAAUGUUGUGACAGAUUCUGUUGUUGUUGAUGUGGAUGAUACUUUAACUGUCGAUGGUAUCGAUCUUGCCGAUAUUGAUAAAUUAGAUUUCGAUGAACUAAUCAAGUAUUAUAAUAAAUUAAAAGAAGAAUUUACAAUAUUAAAUUUAGCAGAACAACAACAAGAAGAUUUAGAUCAAAAUGAUGCUGAAAUUACAGAGUCUACCACAGAAAUUCCUAUCGUUGAUUUUGAUCAAAUUAGUUCAUCUGAUGAUGGCGGUGAUGAUGAUGAUAUUGGUUCAGAUUCGAUUACGGAACCACCAAUGGAUUUCAAUUCAAAUAAUAUCCGUAUCGAAGAUUGUGUUCAACAACAACAACCAUCACCACCACUAUUCGACUAUAAUGAAGUUACUCCAACAUCAUUAUCGAAUGAAGACAAACCGCAACAACAAAUCGAAAUUGAAAAUUCCAACAGUAACAGUAAUUCCAAUACUGAUUGGUUAUUAAAUGAACAAAUGUUACGUGAAAAAUUGAUUCGUUCGAUGAUGGAAAAGACGAAAACCAAAAUGAUUGAAGAAAAUCCUGUUCAAGAAUCAAACACAUUGCAACAACAACAACGUGGUAGUCCAUUAUCUGUAAUCGAUUGUAAUGGUAUUGAUUCGAUAGUAUCGAAAAAUCAAACAGAAUUAUUAAAACCAAAAAUGGAUUUAUCUCGUUAUCAAUUGAUUAUUCAUGUAUCAUCGGAUGAUGAUGAUGAAUCCGAAUCUGAAUUGCCAUCAACAUCGACAAAAUCACCCCUAACAACAAAUAAGAAUAUAUCAUUGAUAAAAAAAUUGAAUAAAAAUCAACAAAAAGAAUAUGAAAAAUUACGUAAAGAAAUUGAACGUCGCGAAGCUUCUUCGUCAUCAACAUCAAUAUCAUUAUCGUCCACAGCUAAUGGAAUAGCAAAUAACGAAAAACAAAAUCGAAAAAAUAUUGAUCGUCUUGGAAAAUCAUUAAUUUCACAUGAAUCUUUGUAUCGAAAAACAAUGGCCAAUAUGGAACGUAAAAAGCAAUCAAUGUAUGGAUUGAAUCGAAAAUUUACAGCAUUGAAAACAAAAUUAACAAAAUCUAAAGAUCGUUUAUUGAAAUUGAAACGUUCAUAUCUUUUGGCGCAGAAAAAUUAUAAAUUAUUAGCCGUACAAUUUCAAUUGGCAACAAAAGAAAUGAAUAUUUUAAAACGAUCAUUGAAUAUUGAUACGAUUGGAUUACGAAAACAACGCUUGGCUUGUAUGCGAAUCGGGCAAAAAUUAUAUGGUCAAAAAUAUCAGCUAACGCCAGCAAAACAACCUUUACCGAAGCAAACAGAGCAAUUGCCGACAAAUCGACAAACAAAAGCGAAAAAGAAAUUACGAAAAAAACAAACUGAAAAUCGAUUACAAUCAUUAAUUUAUUUUCGUAAACGAAUACAAUCAUCGAUAAGAAAUUUUGCCAAUGCCAAUACUGUGUUCAUUCUAUUUCAACAUUGUGUUCAUUUUAAUUUUAAUCUUAUACGUUCAUCUCGAUUUCUACAAUCCAAAUGUUUCAAAAUACCAUUCAGUGAUUUUACUGAAAAUAGUUCACAGCAAUUAGAUUCCAAACAAUUGGAUCGUUAUUGUACUGGUCUGGAUUUUCAACAUUAUCAAAGUGUUCUUUGUCAUUUUAAUUCAUAUCGUUUUGCCGAAACUAUCGAUUUGGAUUCAAUGAUGAUGGAUUUUUGGUCAAAUGGUCUAUCACCAAUGGCUAGAAUUUGUCAUUUUGAUCUAAUGGGUUCUUGUAAUGAUCAAACAUGUUCGCUUCAACAUCAAAAAGAUUAUCUUUAUGGUCAACGUGAAAAAUUAUUAGACAUUUUGUCAUAUUCGGAAGAAUUCGCAGCCGAAAUUCCACCCUUAGAUGAAGUGAAAAAAAAUCCAAGAUUAUUAGCCGAAAAAUUGGAUGAAUUUCUUGGCCGUAAACAACUGACAAUGGUUGUGAAUGAAAAAUCAUCAACUUUGGAAGAAAUUGCUCAACAAUUUGCUCAAUCAAUUCGAUCGAAUGAUCAAUCGAAAAUAACCGUAUCCAGUUUAUUGAUACGAUUAUUUCCAAAAGAAUUGAUUCAUAUAUCGAUGAUGGCAGCCAAUCGUUUGGAAACAUUUAAAACAAAAAUUCCAUUCGAUGAUUAUCAUUAUCGUUUUGAUUAUCGAUUAUCAUUUAAUAAUUUAUUUAAUUUAAAAUUGAAUCGUUUGGUGAAUGAUUAUCGAAAAAUUGAUCCCGAUUCAUUUAUACAUUAUCGUUAUUUUGCCCCGGAAGGUAUACCAAUCACUGCUCAAUUAGAAUCAUCAUUAUCAAAUGAUCCAAACAAUAUACAAAUGUGGAUUAAUCUUGCUUAUUAUCAUUUGAGUAAAAUUACAUCAACAAAAAAUGAAGAUCGCCUUUAUUGUUUGGAUUCAGCAUUAAAUGUUUUAACACGGGCAUUAGAAUUGAAUCGUAAAUGUGAAGAAUUAUAUGAACAUUAUCUUCUGAUAUGGAUCAAUCGAUCAAGUUUAUUAUCGGAAAAUGAUUCAAAUGAACAAAAUAAAAAAAUUUGUCAACAAAUUUUGAAAAACUGUUCCACUUUUCCAUUAUGGAUUCGUUAUCUAAAUCUAUGUACGAAAAUUUCGGAAAAAUUAUCCGUAUCGUUGGAAAUAUUGCAAAAAUUUUUACAACCAAAUGGUAUUGAAUAUUGUGAAGAUUCAUGUAAACGUUCAUUAUUAAUUAUUGAAAUGAUAUUUUAUCGUAUCAAUCUAAUGCUUCAUUUAAAUCAUCAUCAAGAAGCGGUAAAAUUUUUUAAUGAAAUUUUUAAUCCAACAUUAUCAUCGUCAUCAGUGUCGGAUUUAGGCCCACUUAAUCAAUUGAUAAUAGCCAAACAUCGUUCAUUUGCAUGGCAUUGUUAUAUACAUCUUGUACUUUAUUCAUGUUUACCAUAUCAUUGUUUUGAUUUAUCAAAUAAAUCGGGACAAUUUUUAUCAUUAUUGAAUACUGAACCUAUUAUAUUUCAAUGGAAUAAUGUUAAUGAUAAUGAUGAUGAUGGCAAUGGUGGCAUUAAUCGAUCAGAACUUCGAAUGAUUAAGAAAAUUUUUAAACGUGCUCUUCGUAAUUGUUGCCUUGACAAUGAUGGUUGUUCGAACGAUAAUAAUAAUGAUUAUAUUUCAAAAUGUUCAUGUCCAAAUCCUAUGGAUAGUUGUUUUGCGUUACGUUUAAAUCUAACCAAUCUAAAUCGAAUGCUUAUCAAAACAAUCAACGAUGAUGAUAGUAGUGAAGAUUAUGGUGAUCAAGAAGAUGAUGAAGAUGAUCUUGAUAAUUAUCUUGCUUUUAUUUUCGCUGAUCAAAAUCGAAAUAUUCAUCUGCUAAAUGAUUUACAAAUUUUACAUUUAUUUGAAAUUGAUUUGAAAACCAAUGAUAUUAUCGAUGGUAAUAAUGAUAACAAAAUGUUGACAGCUUCUGGAAUGGUAAAUUUGAUUGAAAAUUUUCAGCAAUCAUCAUCAAUAAAAUCAAAUGAAGAAUUAUCAUCGAUCGAAAAUCAAUUAAAAUUUAAUUAUUGGCUUGCAUUCUAUCAUAAACGGCUGGGAAAUAUUGAUAAAUGUCGUGAAAUUCUGCGUCGAAAUUUAUCUUAUUAUUAUAAAGAUGAUUUUCAUAAUGUUGUUGAUGAUGAUUAUCAAUUUAUUCGACUUUAUGAAAAACUUUUAUUCAAUUCGGAUGGCCACAAUCCUGCCAUGAUUGCUGGACAACAACAAUCGAUGGAUUUCGGUUUUAUUGAUUUUCGAUUUCCAAAAUCAUCAUUGCAACAACAUUAUUCAAUCUACCUCUAUCUAUCAUACAUGCUUUAUAAUCACCUAACUAUCUCCGAUGACGAUAAUGAUAAUGAUAAACAUUUACUUCGUUUGGAUUCGAUUUAUACAACUGUGAUCAAUUCCAUAUGGAAUGAUAAUGAUAAGGAUGGUCAUUUUGCCAAAAUUUUUUCGUUCAAUUAUUUUCUAAUGCUUUUGGAUUGUCAUUCAAAUUGUGAUACUUAUUUUAAAAUUAUCUAUGAAAAUUUACGCCAUAUUUGCCUUCAAUUUGGUGAUCGAGAUCCAAUUUUUAUCUAUCAUAUGGUCAUAACAAUCAGUGAUUUUAUUCAACCAAUGGAUCGUCUUUAUUUUCUUAUCGAAAUUUGUCGAUUGAAUCCAACAAAUAUGAUGUUAAUAUUGAAAGUUUGUCAUGAUUGUUUACAACAACAGAAAAAAGAAACACUUUGGAAAUUGAUUGCCUAUAUUGUUUAUGAACGAAAAAUUCGUCUUCAAUGUUUAGAAUUUUGGAAAAUAGCAAUUUCAUUAUCAGUCGAACGUAGUGAUCAUCUAAAUGCACAUAAAUUAUUUCAAUUGGCCAUAACAUUAAUGCCAUACAAUACAAUAUUAUGGGAUAUGCUAAAAAAUUAUGAAAAAAGUAUCGAUCAUCAGGAACAUUUGUUACAGAUUCAAUCCCAUUAUCAUGAUUCAUUGGGUAUGGACGAUCUUGAUGGUGGUGGUGGUAGUGGUGAUAAUUGUGAUUCUACCAAGAAGAAAUAAAAAACACUGCUAAUGAACAAACGAUGAAAAACGAAAUUGAAUUCUUAUUGAUUUUUUCUCCUAUUUGACAACAUCAAAGGUAGGUUUGGUGUUUUGGAGUGAGUUUUGUUUUGGGAUUUUCAAUGGUAUGACCAUUAAUAAUUAUUAAAAUAAAUAAAUUGAAGAAC